GUUCUCUCUGACAUACACACGCGCGCACACACACACACGCACACACACCGAGGGGAAAACAGACAUGCACACACACGCAUACGAGCGCAAAUCCUCUUACAACUCGCCAGUGCCCAGAGCAGAUUAAGGGGCUGCACAUCUCAAAUUGUAUUCCAAAUGUGCCACCUUUGCAUGGGUCUCCUUCCUCUUCUUCUUGCACUUUCUCCUCUUCCUCCUGUGCAUCAACGGGACGUCUCUCCUCUGCACCUGCUUCUGCUGCUUCCUCCUGCUCCGCUUCCGUCUGCAACCUCUGGCAACUGGCCCACUUGCCUCUGCAGCUGAGAUGACCAGGCGGCCAGCCUGAGGCACAGGAAGAAACUCGCACAGACAGAGGUAUAGAAAGGGUGAGACAAGGGGGGUGAGGACAGGGGAAGGAAGGCAGGGAAGACAGGGAAAACAGGGAAGAGGGUGGAAAGGUAGGAGGUGAAGAAUUAUUUCGGAUUUCUGGAGAAGGAAAGCAGGCGAGGAGGAGAGGAAGGGUGGGGGGACAGCACGGCCAGGUUCGGAGAAUUGGAGGUGGUGGAGGAAGAGGGGGAGAGGAGGAGGAGGGGGAGGAAUAGACGAGGAAAGGGCUUCAGUGCAGAGAGGAGAUAAAGAGGGGAGGGAAGAGAGAAGGUGGAGAGGAGCCCAGCGUUGACCAUGAAGGCUCUGUUGUUGCUGGUCCUGCCCUGGCUCAGCCCGGCCAACUACACAGACAAUUUGGGCAACCUGCACAUCCUCUACUCUGAGCUGUGUAAAGGGGCCUCUCACUAUGGGCUCUCGGCAGACAGGAAGCGACGCUCGCAGGAGGGCGAAUGCACCGACAGCACAUCGGAGCUCACCAUCGCCACGCUGCCCAACGAUGGCCCCACCUCCGCCGCUGUGGCCCUCCUGUCUGAUGACCCAGGUCUGGUUAACCCUGCCUUCGACCCCAGCAUGGAGGAGAACAGCCAGUCAGGCAGCACGACCAGCCUGGCUGCCCGCAGCGGCUCCAAGAAGAGUGAGUUCAGAAAUUUUGACCGAUCUUCUGUGAGGAGCCGCUCCUUCAGGAGGCUGAACCGGGCAUUCAGUGUCCUGCGGAGGACCAAGAGUGGCAACGCAGUGAGCAAUGAGACGUCUGAGGAGAGAGACAAUGCCAGGAAUUCCACUGGAAUUCCACAGGAAGUGCUGGCUCUUCCUCAGCUCCAUCACCUGAUCCCUGAUGGAGAACUUACCAGUAUUAAGAUCACACGGGUGGAUCCCUCAGAUCCGCUGGCUAUCAGCACUGUCGGCGGCAAUGAGACCCCCUUGGUUCGCGUCCUCAUCCAGGAUAUCUAUAGGGAAGGUGUCAUUGCACGGGAUGGACGUUUGCUGCCUGGGGACAUGAUCCUGAAGGUAAAUGGCAUCGACAUCAGCAAUGUACCCCACUGCUACGCCGUGGCGACCCUCAAACAGCCGUGCCAACUCCUCCGCCUAACCGUGCUCAGAGAGCAGCGCCAUCGCUACCGCUCGCACUCACACAGCCACCUGCAUGGCCAUGGGCACGGCCAUGAUGGCGCUGGGGGUCACCCAUCUCACGGAAUACCCCAGCAUCCCUUGAGGGAUGACAGCAUCCAUGUGGUCCUGAAUAAAAGCACUCCAGAGGAGCAGCUGGGCAUUAAGCUAGUGAGGCGGCCAGAGGAGCACGGAGUCUUCAUCUUUCACCUGCUGGAGGGCGGCCUGGCAGCUCGUGACGGACAGUUGUGUGUUGGUGACCGCGUGCUGGCCAUCAACGGGCACGAUCUACGUUAUGGAGCACCAGAACAUGCUGCUCUGCUUAUCCAGGCAAGCGAGGAGGCCGUCCACUUCAUAGUGUCUCGUCAGAUCUGCCUACCAACACCAGACAUCUUACAAGAAGCUCCGUGGGGCAUGGACGGUCCCCCACCAUAUUCCCCCGUGGAUAUCGAGCAAACACUACUGGACUCUUGCCAGAAGCCCGCGUGCUACGAGAAGACAGUUACUCUGACUAAGGAACCGUACGACUCCCUGGGGAUGACGGUGGCAGGGGGCAUGUCCAGCCGAGGGUGGGACCUCCCCAUCUACGUCACGAACGUGGACUUGGAUGGAGUGGUGGGACAGGAGGGCUCCAUUCGAAAAGGUGACAUCUUGCUAAACGUGAACGGCGUGGAUUUGACGGGGGUGACGCGAGGCGAGGCCGUGGCCAACUUGAAAAACACCACCUCUCCUGUCGUGCUCAAGGUCUUAGAGAUGCGUCCCCCUGAGGAAAGCCUGCAGGAGUGCCCGUUGCCGCCCUGCCUCACACCCUCACCCACAGAUAGCACCAAGAGUCUGCUGCCCAAUGACGAUUACUCCCCACUGUGGGUGUCAUGGCUGCAGCUACCCAGGCAUCUCUACUGCUGCAAAGACAUCAUCCUGCGGCGGAGCACUUCGGGCAGCCUGGGCUUUAGUAUCGUUGGAGGUCAGGAGGAGGUCAACUGCAAUCAAUCCUUUUUUAUCCGCUCCAUCGUGGAGGGGACGCCAGCCUACAAUGACGGCAGGAUAAGGUGCGGGGACAUCUUACUCGAGGUGAACGGGAAGAGUACGUGGGGGAUGACCCACACAGCGUUGGUGCGCCUUCUGAAGGAGCUGCGGGGCAGAAUCACCCUGACCAUCGUCUCCUGGCCAGGCAGCCUGCUGUAGCGGCACUCCGAGCACUGACCAAGGAAUGUGGAAGGCAGAGCUUUAGACUGGUCGACCACCAUAAGCUUGCUGUGUGGGAGAAGCUUAGAAUAGUGCUGUAGCUCUACGGAUAUCUCACAAUCUGAACGGACAGCCAGGGAACUUUGAGACUUUGCCAGGAGUUUGCAGGGGGACAAAACAAAAAGACUGGAUUGUUACCAGAGGUUAACUUGUCCCUCGGAGAACGCUGGACCGGGAGAAUCCAGGCCUGAGCCGCCUCUAACAAGGAUGUGGGGUGUUAUCUGUUUAGGGGACAUGGACAUUCUCUGGCACAUCAUCCAGCGAGUGUGGGUGGAUCAAGAGAAGACACAACACAUUGCCAAUUCCAGUAGUUAUAUAUUAGGGUAUGCGUUAAGUUGGACUCACAUUUCUUUACUGUAAAUGUUGGGUGUCUAUAAAAGUACUGAUCCAAGCACUUGUAAUAUGUUUCUUUCUGUUUGUUUGUGGUAUGGCCUUUAAAUACAGGCUCCAUUCUGUUUGUACUGACAGUGGUUGUCAUCAUCUGUUGACCUGAGGACACGUUACCAAGUAGUCGUCAGUGUUGAGUUUUUGUUUCUUUUAUUUCAAAAGCUAUGGCUAAUUUAUCAAACCACUGGCAAAGAAAAUAAAAAAAAUAAAUGAUCAAUGUGUUCAUAACAUGUUAAAAAAAAAUAAUUGACAUUGUGGAGGCCUUACUUAUUUUCUUACUUUUAAGAAAAAAAGCUGACUUGGUUUCUGUGUAUCAGUGGAUGGUCUGAGGUCCGUCUACUGUGGUUCUAUGUGUCACGCUUCGGCCUGUGUAAUAUAUCUGAUGGUAUAUUUGGUUAAAUGAUCAAUAAAGUCAUUGUAAAAGAAAA